AUGACAAUGACGUCGACGAAAAUUGCCCAUGACGAUUUGAGAAAAUCCAAAAGUCUACGACUGCUGUCAUCCACCACCAGCAUUCCUCGUGGUGGUUCCGGUUCUGGCACAUAUUCCAGUCUCAUUUCCUCCGCCCAAGAUUCCCUAUUGAUCCAAACCGGCGUCGUCCACCAGCUUUUGGAAAUAAUUGAUGUGCUUGGGACCUUUGUCUUUGCCUUUGCCGGUGCCUACAAGGCCGGUAAAAAGGGAAUGGAUCUAUUGGGCAUGAUGAUUUUGGCCAGCAUUACCGCCAUUGGCGGUGGAACUGUAAGGGAUUUGUUAAUGGGAACUGGUGGCAAGGCCAUUUUUUGGUUGCGGAAUCCCAUUUACAUUCAAAUCUCGUUUGUGACGACGAUCGCAACCUAUUUGCUGUGGCCCAUUUUUGAACGCGAAUUUGGAAUCAAGGAUUCGGCCAGGACCAUUUGCACGGCCGAUGCCUUUGCCAUGGCGGCCUUUUGUGUGCUGGGUACCAAACGGGGAGUCGAAAAGAAUCUGGCACCUCCCAUGUGGGUAGUAUCCGGUGUGAUUACCUCUGUCUUUGGUGGUAUCAUUCGGGACAUACUUUGUGGGGAGCCACCGCGGGUCAUGUACCCUUACAAAAGCAUGUUGAGUGCCGGACCGAUCCUUGGAAGCGUGAUUUACACCCUGUUGACUAGCAGCAAACAAAAGUUUGACGAGGACUUGGUUUCUGUCACUGCGUUUUUGGUGACCUUUUCGGUUCGAACGUGGUCCUUUGACCAUCCAUGGAGACUGCCACAUUGGCCAGAUGAAACAAUCAAGGGAAGAAAGAAGGAGAAGAAGUGA